AUUCCUCUUUCGUACAAAGAUCUACGAGUUCGGAGUAAAAUGAAAGAUUUUCCCCCCAAUUAUUCAACCCUUGAAGUCGAUUUGGAUGAAUCAAGAUGUUAUUUUUUGCCAUUUCAACUAUUUCUUCCUCGUUAAUUUCCCCAUCCCUCUUGAACAGUUGAACUAAUAUCGUUUGUUGUUUGUGAGAGAUGUUUGUUUUCCUUUCAAAAAUUUAUCAAUUUUAUCUUUCGAGUAUCGAUAAUUGAGCGUUCACUAAGUACUUGUUUAUUUCGUGUGAAUAUUGAUGAUGGUAUCCCCAAUGCAUUAUUGAACACAUAGACAUGGAAGAGACUGAUAAGGUUGCCAUAACAUAAAACCAUGUACGACCUUCGAAGAGGCCAAGAGGGUGAAACAUAACAUGUUGAUUAGGCAUAGAAGAGGCUACGAAAAUCGAGUCAAAACUAAUGGAUAAUAGUGUUUUAAUACACGAGAAUAUCAAGUGAACACUAAUCUGAGAAUUUCUACGAUCAAGGAAAGAACAUAGAAUCCUAUAAUGUGUCUAGUUAAUACAUGCGAACUAGCUAGUGGGAUUCGAGUUAUGCACAACACAUUCUCCUACUUUAGCUUCUCUCAUGAAAUGGCGCUUGACCCCUUUGAUUUUCUUAGUAGUAAUUUAGUUUAGUUCAAACCACUUGGUUGAACCAGCUAGGUAAUACAAGACAAGCUAUAUACUAGUAUUCAAAAUCGUCGGGGGAUACAAUCUUGCUUUCUCUGUAUGGCAUUUAAAACGUUACGUCAAUUUGCCUUACUUUAGUCGCACUAGAAAGUUAUCAUUUUAACUAAGAGAUAAGACAUAAACUCAGAAACAAGGUUAGGAAUAUUACGCCAAUUAUCUGAAAUAUGAUAUGGCGAGCGAACAAAUUACCUAAUUUGCAUGUGAGAUAAAAGAAACACUAACAAUUCAAUCUACGUAUUAUGCGUAUGUCAUUGACUUAUCGUACCGAUCGAGCCCACACCAUACCACGUUCUGAAAGGUGAAUAGAAUAAGAGAGUUGAAACGAUGAUUUGACAAUAUGUGAAAACAAUAUAGAUAGUACCAUAUUCUUGAGCUAGUUUAAAAUUUUUGAAUAAAAAUCUUGCUCCAACUUCAACACCAUAACCAGUCACUUAGAAGUUAGAACUCCAUUAUAGGUUACAACUAUUCCUAAUAACCAAUCUCCCUUCAAGUCUUCUUCCUUUCUUCUUUGUCAUCAUUUGUUCUUUUUUCCUUCCCCCCUUUGGCCCUUUCCCUUCCUCCCAUUUCUUUAUCUAUUCAUCCAAUCUCCAUUUUUUGGGCAGUACCAAUAAUUCUCCAUUUUUUGCUCUUUUGCCCAUCCACCUCCCACUUAUCCUCUUCACCUACAGGAAGACAGAUAGAGAUUUCACUAAGAACAAAGAGAGAGAAAGCUUUGACUCCAAAUCAGAGCAUUUCCCAUCUUCUCCCCCGGCGGGGAUCUCUGCCAUGGAUCUGAGCCCGAAGCAGAGCAGCCCGUCGGAGUCGACUCGCUUCCCCGACGAGGUCCUCGAGCGAGUCCUUUCCCUGCUCACGUCUCCCAAGGACCGGAACGCCGUUUCCCUGGUCUGCAAGGACUGGUACACCGCUGAUAGCUGGUCCCGCCGCCAUGUCUUCAUCGGGAACUGCUACUCCGUCUCGCCGGAGAUCGUCGCCCGCCGGUUCCCGAGGAUCCGGAGCGUCACGCUCAAGGGGAAGCCGCGGUUCUCCGACUUCAACCUCGUCCCUGAUAACUGGGGCGCCGACGUCCACUCCUGGCUCCUGGUAUUCGCCUCUGGGUGUCCGUUCCUCGAGGAGCUGAGGCUGAAGAGAAUGAGGGUCACCGAUGAGAGCUUGGAGUUCUUGGCGCUCAACUUUCCUAAUUUCAGAGCUCUAUCCCUCCUGAGCUGCGACGGGUUCAGCACCAGCGGACUCGCCACCGUCGCUACUCAUUGCAAGAAUCUGACUGAGCUGGAUAUACAAGAGAACGGGAUAGAGGACUUGAGUGGGGAAUGGCUGAGCUGCUUUCCUGAGAACUUUAACACAUUGGAAGUUUUAAAUUUCUCCAACCUGAUCACCGAUGUGAACCCUGACGUACUCGAGAGGCUUGUGAGCAGGUGUAGAUCGUUGAAGGUUUUGAAACUGAAUAGAACUAGCUCCUUGGAUCGCCUACAGCGGUUGCUCAUUUCUGCGCCUCAAUUGACUGAACUGGGCGCCGGCUCUUUCUCUGAAGAGCUCACGCUGCAGCAGCAUGCGGAGCUCAAAUAUGCUUUCGGUCUCUGCAAGAAUUUGAGUGUGCUAUCUGGAUUUUGGGAUGCGUCGGCACUUAAUCUAUCAGCUGUUUACCCUGCUUGCUCGCGGCUGAGUUUUCUAAACAUGAGCUAUACCGCUUUGCAGAGUCCGGAACUUGCAAGUCUUCUUCCUCACUGUCCUUGUCUUCGCCGCCUCUGGGUACUGGAUUCAGUGGGAGACAAAGGCCUUGAAGCCGUGGGAGCCAACUGCCCAUCACUUGAAGAAAUCCGCGUCUUCCCCACCGACCCUUUCGACGAGGACAUGAUCCACACAGUUACCGAAUCAGGCAUCGUUGCAGUCUCCCAGGGCUGCCCUAAACUCCAUUACAUCCUCUACUUCUGCCGCCAGAUGACAAACGCUGCAGUGGCCACUGUGGUUCGCAACUGCCCAGACUUCACCCAUUUCCGCCUCUGCAUCAUGAACCCAGGCCAACCGGACCAUACCACCAACCAACCCAUGGAUGAGGCCUUCGGUGCCGUAGUAAAAACAUGCAAGAAGCUCAAGCGACUCUCCAUCUCCGGUCUUCUCACGGAUCUCACGUUCAAGUACAUAGGCGAGUACGCCAAGAAUUUGGAGGCCUUAUCUGUGGCCUUUGCUGGAAGCAGUGAUCUGGGGAUGCAGUAUGUUAUGGAGGGCUGUUCGAAGCUGAAGAAGUUGGAGAUUAGGGACUGUCCGUUCGGGAAUGUGGCGUUGCUUUCCGGUUUGGAGAGGUACGAGUCAAUGAGGUCGCUUUGGAUGUCGGCUUGUAAUGUGACGAUUGAUGGGUGUAGGUCUUUGGCCAGAGAGAUGCCGAGGUUGAAUGUUGAAGUGAUGAAGGAAGAAGGGAGUGAUGAUUGUAAGGCAGAUAAGGUUUAUGUUUAUCGAACCGUUGCUGGGCCAAGACGAGAUGCUCCUCCUUCUGUGCUCACCUUCUCCGGUCUUUGAAAAUUAUCAGUGAGUAACUCUCGUCUUCUUCUACCCUCUUAAAAAAAUGCAUGCUCUCUCUCAGCUUCCUUAAUCCACUGUUGAUUAUUUAGCUUAUAAAGACUUGUAAAUUGUUGAUUUGUGUAAAAACAGAGUGACGAUGCUUCAACAAGCUUUGUUCCAAGGAAUGGUUUGGAAAGGAAGAGAAGAUAGCAUGUACCAAGUAUUUGCUUAAUCUUGUCAAUUUGCUGGGAGGCUGCAACUCCAUGAAGUCAUGAAGCUAUCUAUCACCUACAAGAAAGGGCUGAAAUCCACUGCACUCAUUCCAUCCGUGGAGCUUCUAGACACUCUUGGAGUAGUGAAAUCCAGAAGAAGAGAAGAAACACACAGUUGGCACCAGAGCAUAUCAUUCUCUUCCAUCAUUAACAUGGGUCGACGAUGAUCAAGCUAGCCGCGAACCCAUUGCAGGUUAUGAAAAAAUAAGACCCACCACCGCCACCACCAUCAUCAUCAUGUGUGAUUGUCGUCACAACGCAGGCCAUGGCUACAAUUAAUUGCUUGCUGCCAAAGUUGAUGGAAAUUUGGAGAAAGGGGAUAAUGCAACAGAGACCAAACAAAGGCUACUACUUCCAUGGUUUCUGGUGGUGAGCCAUUUAGCUUAGGGGGUUGGCUAAAGGAGAUGAUGGUGUUUUGUUGGUCCUAGAGUGAACACCACGAAAUGGCGGGAAUGGUGGAGAUGUCAACUGUCGUCCUCUCUCUCUCUCUCUCUGUUCUUUCUUUUUUGUUUUUUAUUGAAAGAACCCUGCUUCUCAUUUUGUUGUGCAUUAUUGGCUUUCAUGUCUGUCCAUCUUUUUUGCCGGAUUGGACUUGAACAGGCAUCUGGCUUUUUAAGGGGUCGUUUGGCAAGCUGUUUUCCAUUAGUAUACACGAUUUUCAGGACAUCAUGUAUUUUUGUAAUUGGGAUUUGUAAGAAUUCGUGUAAUGUUAGAAUAUAGCACGAGUGCACGACCUUAAUGCAUUUACAAGAUGCAGAAAAGAACAAUGUAAUGAUUUUCUUGAAAUAAUGUAUUCUUGAAAUCAGGAGUUGAAUACAUGAUUAGAACCUGAAACCCUUUUCUAAGCAUGCAUGCUUAAUACUCAGUAUCUUUGACGAGGUCAAGGCUAAACGACAGUGUUCACUCAGAAAACGACCCAGAAUCGAGCCCUGAAAUCCCAAAUCCAAAGAUUACAGUCUAAAUCUAGCAUAAAUCCAAACCAAACACCGAUUCAAGAACCCUGCGAGCUCCAUGAAAUAUUGGUCAAACUUUCCUUUGGGCGACAUUCAAGUUCUUUUUCUUCUUUGAGGGUUGAGUAUGUCUAGGGAGAAGGUGGGCUUAUGUAGAUGGGUAUUUUCGUGUGUGGGCCGCGCAGCCUUCUGAACACUGCUUGACCUUGUGUAAGAGAGAGAGAGGCUUAAGAAAGCCUACCACGAAUUACUGGGCCGGGCUUCACCGUUCGAAAUUUGGGCUUGCACUCUUUUUUCUUUUGUUUGCUUCCUCUUGGAAUGCAAAUCCUCACUGUUAUUAGGCUACGUGCCAGGAACACAAGAACAAACGGGUAACAAAUAAACAGACAGGCGACGAAGAAGAAGAAGAAGAAGAAGAGAAGCUUUUUGGUAACUUUAUUAACAGCGCCUUGAUAAUGGCGUCAACGCACAGUCACUUUCCUCCCUCUGACUGUUUCAGUCGUGGAUGAAUUGAGAGAGGACCCACCUAUUGAUCCAACCUGAAUUAGGUUCAACAAUUAAGAAAAUUUAUUGUAGGUGUACAAGUCUUCUUCAUCAAAUUCAGACAAAAAAAAAAGAAGUAAUAGUUGGUAUGGCUACUAUUGCGAAUGCGGUAAGGCUCGCUGAAGUUGUAAACGACAUACAACACGUAGAAAAAUGAACUGUACCGAUGCUGGAAAAACCUUAACAGUCCUUUUUUGUUGGAGACAGAGGCUCCCGGCGAACGCGAACCCUGCCGUCGUGGAGAGGAAUUUUACAAUGCUGUAUAAUAUUGUUUCGGUAGGUUUUUGCAUUUAUGGUAUAAUUUGAAUUUGCAUUUUAAACGUUGUGGUACAACUUCAUAUUAUAUCUAUAUGCUUUUGUACAAAGUAUUUUAUGGUAUAACUUGAACGUGUACUUUUAUGUGAAGACACAACUUUAAGUUGUAAAGUUGUAUCAUAAUAUAAGAGUACAAAUUUCUUUAUGGUACAACCUUGACUUAUACAUUUAACGUUAUGAUACAAAUUCAAGUUGCGAGAAAAUGCUCAAGUGUUGGGUGCUGGAUUGAGAGUUGCAUGAGUCCCUUUGCGAUUUCUUCAUACUACUAAGGGAUUUGGAAAUAGUAACUCUAGCCGUUCAACGAGAAUUAUGGACGAAUAUAAAUCAAUCAUCCUCAAAUUCCCUCUACAUAUUCUUUUUUUUUCGUCAUUUUUAUUCCUAUCGUUGCAAGUUUUCGCACAUUCUAUAUCUCCGAUUAUAUCCAAUCUCCGCUAAAUCUAUACAUUUGUAACAAUCGAUCUGGGGGCAUCAAUCAUCCAUCAACAUGACGAAAUGCUCCAUCAUCGUGAAAUCGAACUCGUAUCGUCACUUUUCGAUCGGUCGACCCGAACCAUGACUCAAAAAGGGUUAGUAAAUCUUGCACAUCAUAUGUUUUUUCUACAUGAUGUAGGAUGAUGAGAGGUUGAAAGUAGGAUAAUUAUCAUAUAAGAAGAAGUUAAUGAUGUGAUACGCCGGAAGGAAGGUUGUGAAUUGCGACAUCCAAUCAUUUUCCUUCACGAUACUCACUAUUCUUCUACUCGGUUUGGUUUGGUGGUAUGUCUCAUUCUCAUGGGGAGCACAAGGAAAAGGGCUUAUACCUACCGUAUCAACUCACUCACAAAUUAUAUUAAAAAAAAAAACUCAAGUCUUAAUCAUAUCACAACGAUCUAAGUUUAUGUGAAACAAUUAAUUGCUUUUUUAUAAGUUAUAGGAGUCGAUUGGCUAAUGGUUUGUGUCCAUAUAUUGGUUUCAUGGCUUAAGCAAAGUUAGGAACAACAUGCAAUAAUGUUGAACCUUAUAUGACCAAUGCAGUCAAAAGCGCGAUUCUACGUAGAAACGUUUUGAUGACCUAGAAUCGUAAAAUCGUAAGAUUUUAAAGCAUAGAUUUUGACUACAUUUAUAACAGAAAAGUGUGAUUCUACAUUCUACUUAGAAGCGCUUUGGUGACAUAAAAGUGUAAAAACGUAAAUUUUUAAGUUUUAAAUCGCGAUUUUGACUGCAUUGUACAUGACUACCAAGAGUAGUUUAGGUGUUUUACAAUUAUUUCGCUGAUCUAUUGCUUAUAAUUCAUUGAAUCCAAAAAAAAUUGACAAAUUUCCACAAUUGAUCUUUCACUUUGAGAAUUUAAAUAUUUCACAAGCUACAUAUUCUUAAUAUACACUUGUUUCAGUC